AUGGGAGGUGCAAAGACGAUUGGCUGGGUAGGAAGCCUCGCCGUUCUGCUGAACAACAUCCUUGGGCCGGGAAUCGCCAACUUCUCCGGCCUUUAUCAGCAAAGCGGCUGGUUUCCACCUACAUUCCUGGUACUGGUCUGCGUGGCUUCCAGCAUCUUCAGCGGUGCUAUGCUUCUCGCAGCGAUGCGAGCGUAUCCGAACAACCAGGACUUCGACGUCCGAGUUGAGUACGGCACGUUGUGUCGGUAUUACUUCUCUUCGAAGGUGUCUAAAGCAUUCCAAGGCCUAUUCCAGCUUGCCAUGCUCACCGCCAACAUCAGCAACAUCAUCCAGACGGCGCAGGUCUUCGACUAUUUUUUCGAUACCGUCUUCGGGGACUCUUGUGCCCUGAUGUUCUACCCCAGCUUCUUCCACGCCUUCUGCCAGAGCUCCAACCAAGAUGUCACCCCCUUCGGGACAGGGAAGGUGGUCCUGUCCCUGGGGAUGUGCAGCGUGUCCCUGUUUAGCAUCCCCUUGGGCUACUGGAACCUCGAAGACAACGUCAAGGUUCAGAAUGCCGCGUUGAUCAUUAUCCUUCUGUCGAUCAUGCUGUGGGUUCUGAUCUUCUUCGCCUUGGGUCUGGAAGCCGACAGGGUACCUGCAGUGGGCUCCUCCCUUCACAACAUGGGCGGCACCAUCCUAUUCAACUUCAUGUUCAUCUCCACCGUUCCGUCCUGGGUCUGUGAGAAGAAGCCAGGCGUGCCGCCACUGAGGACGAUCCUCGUGACCCUCGCACUUGCAGUGGUAGGAUACCUGAUGGUGGGCAUCCUCGGUGGUAUGGCCUUUACGCCCUACUUCACAACAGACAACACUUUGCUUUCUCAGCUGAACCACAUCUCGCCUCAGGAGGGAUCGCAGCUGGUGAGGUCCACGGCCUUCGUGACCGUGCAGGCCUACGCCAUCUCGGCCAACUUGGCGUCCAUCCCAAUCUUCUCCAUUCUCAUGCGCUACAACCUGAUCGAAAGCAAGCUUGUGGGCCGCAAGGUCGCCGGGGCAGCUGCAGUGCUUGUUCCCUUUGGGGUGUCCGUUCUGCUCUACACGGGCGAAGGCUUCAAGAACGCAGUGGACUUCUCCGGUACCUUCACCUCGUCUUUCGUGAACCUGAUGGCACCCAGCCUCUUCUUCCUGUCUGCGCUCAAGCAGGAUCAAGCUGCCGUGCCGAUGAACGCCCGUGAGUGCGUCAGCUCUGCCGAUGCAAGCCGACCGGUCUGGAAGACGUCUGCAUGGGAGAGCCUGCGCUGCCAAGCGGCUGCGAAGCCGCGCCGCAUGUGGCAAAUCAUCGCUUGGGUGAACUUGUCCUUGAUGGCGCUGUUGACAGCUGUCUCCAUCGUGGACCAAUUUGCGUAG